AUGGAGGCGAUCGUUUUGCCCAAACUUCCUCCCUUGGGCGAUCCAGAACUUUCUCCUCAUUCUCAGUCACCCUCGCCCUCUAUUCAUCAUCCUACUCCGAACGUUGAUGACGACCCUCACAAGCCACCAUCUCCUGCUCCUUCAAAUCAACCUUCCACUUCUUCGAAACCUCAUUCGACUGUAAAACCGAAGUCCAAAGCCAACGUUGCUCCUCCUCGGUCUCCGUCGCCACCACCACCACCACCCCCAGCGUUGAACACAGUUCGACUACAGAUAAAGCUCCACGGGCCGGACAAUUACCAGGUUGAUAUCGCGGCUCUUGCACGAGAGACUGGCCAGAGAUCGCCUACGCCUGCACAGAAGAGAGCCGACACAAGUGAGAGCGAAGAGGAACCAGGACCACAACAGGAGGAGUUGAAAAAGAAGAAGAAGAAGAAGAACGCGGCGUCAGAGUAUUACGACGUUUCGGAUCCAUUUAUUGAUGAUUCAGAGCUCGCGUUCGAUGAACGCACACAUUUCGCCCAGACGAAACAGCAGGGCUUUUAUGUCUCAUCCGGAGAAGUCGCAUUGAUGAAGGACCAUACCAAAUCUCCCGCGAAGAAACCCAGAUCCAGAAAACCUCCACUUUCCGUUCAAUCUGCCAACGUCGAUCCACCAUCUGUGUCUGCAAACGGUCCCAUUACCGGCCAUGACGGGACCAAAGAUUCACCAAUCCCUCUCAUGUCUGAUAGUGAAAUGGAGCCCAAUCAUCUGCAAACUCAAACCAAAGCAAAGGUGGGCACUCCUUUACACCCACCGCCCCACCCUGGUCCUUCAUUAGGCCAAGCACUCGCAGGAGGCGUUAUGGGACCGAGUGCAGGUGUCUUGCGUCGCCUCUCAUUACAUGAACCCCCAAUUCCGUAUCCUAACCAGCCAACUUCCUCAUCCGUUGGGACAUACUAUGAUUCAGACGGUGGUUCCACUCACGAUCAUGGUGCCCUUGUCAAUGGCGACGGCGACCACGUGAGAACAGGGGAAAAGCGAAAGCGCUAUACCACCGUUGUUGAAGGUGGCAAGAAACGGAAGGUCGUGGAUGUCGCGAGCUUUCACCCAGAGCUCCAGAAGUCUCUCGAGGUGCUUAAGGGAGCUAUUGCUGCGGAGAACUGGGAGCAGAAGGGCAAAUUCCCUCCGAAUAUCAAACCUCUACUCGCCCAGAUCGCUAUACAAGCGAUCAAAAUGGACGAAUACGACGAACAUUUUUUCAACCUAAUGCCAGUUCUGUUCCCCUACAACAAGUUUACGAUGAGUAAACUUAUCAAGCGAACGGUAUUUGCAGAGCACACGCAACUUCUGGUACAACGGCAGGAGGUGCUUUUGAAGGAGCUUAAGCGUCAUGCAGACGAAGGAUUUGCCAAAGCUGAAGAGGAAUGGGAAAAGAGUUGUGCUGCAUGGGAUAAACGACAGAAGAAAGCUAAAGCUGAAGCACGCGCUCUCGUUGCACACAACGUCGGAGACGACUCGGCUUCUAACGCCCCGACGCGACAUCCCUCAGCUGAAGACAUGGAUAUUGAUAUGGAAGGUGGGGCAGGAGGUAACGAUGCAAAUGGAGACGGCGGAGGCAAGGACGGCGGGAAAGAAGGGGGAAAGGAUUCUCAACCGCCAGGUAAGAAAUUCAGGUUGACGGAAACAAUGAAGGCAAUUGUUUGGGAGCUGGUACUAUUGAGCAACGAAUGCUGUAGGCUCGAGAAUGAAAAGAACACACUCGAAGGCUCAGUAAUGCAAGUCAGUGAACAAGGUCUCCGUAAAGUUCUUUAUCAGAAAAUGCUCGCCUGCUUCCCGCCGGGAUGGAUGUCUACAGGACAGAUAUCCAGGGAUGUGAGCGCCAUGAAGAAGAGACUCGAGAAAGAACAGGCUGAACAAGUCGAGGAAAUGUGA